CGGUGUAUCAGAUUGGAACGACACAACAUCUCAGUGUACCCUGGCAAUGUUUGGCGGAGAUGAGGCGGCCUACUGGGCCUGCAGGACAGAAUACGCCUUUCAACAGAACUGGUGGCCAUCUCCCAUCGCAGGCUUGUUCAGCUACCAGACAUGGAAUGGUUUUGACGGCUUCUGGCGAAAUGGCGCCGUGCUUGAAGUUCUCACUAACUUCAUGGCAUUCGCCAACAACUCUCGCUAUAUCUCUGUAGUCCACAGUUCGUACAGAAACUUGUCUCAACUUCUGAGGGCUUACGGACCCCAACCAUCGUACGACGAUAUGGCGUGGUAUGGACUGAGUUUUGCAAGAAUUGCUGAGGUCCUUGGGGACUCUUCCUUCCUGUCGUCUGCUCAGCAGAUCUACGACUGGAACUGGAAAAACGGCUGGGAUACAAAUAUGAGCAACUGUCAUGGAGGCAUGUGGUUCGACCAACAGGUCAACGCCAAGCAGACGAUUACCAAUGUCCAGAUGCUACAACUUGGAGCGAGGCUAUAUCACCUGACGUCAUCUAGAAGCAGACGACAAGAGCUGAUGUCACGUGUUAACCUCACAAUGGGCUUUUUAGCGAAGAACUUCGUGAUCAAUCCUUUAACCUUCCAGAUUGCAGACGGCAUAAAUAUUAAUAACUGCACGCCAAACCACGUUUAUGGUAUUACGUGCAACAGUGGCGUUUUUCUCGGUGGCCUUGCAGAACUUUACAAAGCAACAAACCAGACUUCUUUGUUGAACGUAGCCCAUAUGAUUGCCAAUGCAACAAUGACCUUGUCGUCCAAACACGGCGUUUUGAUGGAAUAUUGCGACUUGAGGAACCAAACAUGUGACGACGACGCAAAAAUGUUCAAAGGGAUAUUCGUACGCAAUCUACGCUAUCUUGCAGACGUUUCUAAUCAGGCUCACGCUAAACUUUACAGGGGUUACUUGGCAACGAACAUGCGUUCUCUGCUAUCAAAAUCGAUAUGUGAGCCAACGGUGAAGAAACCGUGUAACAUAUCGUAUCAAGACGGCCGGCCCUUCCAUAAUUCCACCGGGCCUGUGUUUGGUACACGUUGGUUUGGCCCCUUCAGUUUCUCUUCCCCUAUGCAGGACACGUCAGCUUUGGAGUUGUUAGUCGCCAAUAUCGCCCAAGGCACACGAUGUCAUGGCGACGGGUGCGCCUACGACCCUCCCACACCUCCUCCCCGUCCGUUAACUUGUCAAGAUCACCCCUGUCCCGCGGACGAGGCGUGCUGCGCGUACAGCGACUACUACACUUGCUGUACACCAGAUCAGAAGUGUGUUAAGGGCAUCUGUGAAUAACGUCACUACCAACUGUGUAAAAAUCAGAAUCCGUUUUAUCGAUUGCGCAAAUAGUUAAGUUAACGAAUGAAUAAUAGUAAAUGAUAUGAACAAAGGCACGGUUGUAUCAAGUGAUCAUGUGAAGAGAGUUCACGAGGCUUCCACGUUUUUUCUCAAAACAUUCCGGAGCCUAUAGCUCACCAGAGUAAAUUCCUACAAGUUAGGGUUAGCUUGACUAUGGGUGUCAAAAUCACAAAUCAAAAUUACUCUUCA